GUUUUAAAUAAUGCUCAGUGGGUGCAAGAUCUGAGACCUGCAUAUCUCCUGUGUCCUGAGGCAGGAUGUUGCGCACAUACAUCUCGAUUUGGAUCCUGGUCCUUGGAACCGUACAGCCAUACAGGUUACCAGAGCUGUACUCACCAUCCUCCUACGACCUCAACUUGAAUCUCCCCCCGGAAGCUUUCACAAAUGCGAGCAACACAUACUCAGGACAAGUCACAGUCCAAUUCUCGUUCAUCAACGUGACCAGUUACAUUACCUUACACGCUCACCAUGAGUACAUCCAAAUCAGUAACAUUACCUUCGAUGGUUCGGAAGUUGUCGCUGGAAGUUAUAGCGUCGACAACACAACGGAUAUUUUGAACAUAAGCAUUUCUGAUGCGGUUGUUGCUAACUUAACCACCAGUUUGUCUUACUCGUUGGUCAUCGAAUUCACUGGACUCCUAAGUACAACGGAUAUGUAUGGUCUUUAUAAGAGUUACUACGUUGACGCGAAUGGUACCACAAGGUACCUGGUUACUACUCAGUUUGAGGCGACGCAUACCAGGAGAGCUUUUCCUUGCUUCGAUGAACCGGCGCUGAAAGCUAGUUUCAACUUUUCUCUUACCGUUCCCCUUGGGUUGAAUGUACUGUUCAAUACUCAGCAGAACAGCAGUGUAGCUAACGCUACUACAGGUUUGACUUCGAUUGUCUUCAACACAACACCUGUUAUGUCAACAUAUCUAUUCGCCGUUAUCGUGUCCGAUUUUACUUGUACCACAGGACUUUCCAUCGGUACUGUUCCGUACCAAGUUUGCUCAAGGAAUGCCUCUUCAGCCACAAGGCAAUUAGCGGUUGAUAUAGGACCUCAGUUACUGGGGAGUUUGAAUAAUUUCACGAAUUACGAUUAUAGCCUGGCCAACUCGAAGAUGGACCAAGUGGCCAUCCCUGAUUUUGCGGCAGGUGCUAUGGAAAAUUGGGGGUUGGUCACUUACAGAGAAACUUCUGUACUUUGGGACCCGAACGAAUCAUCUAAUCGUUAUCGACAGAGGGUUGUUACAGUUAUUGCUCAUGAGUUUGCCCAUCAAUGGUUUGGAAAUUUGGUAACCAUGAAGUGGUGGUCGGAAAUAUUUCUAAACGAAGGUUUUGCGACGUAUUUUGAAUUUCACACUGCACACGAGGUACUUCCUACCUGGCAACUGGAUAAACAAUUUGUCAUCGAGGAAAUGCACAGCGCCCUUUCCGCCGAUUCUCUGGCAAACGCACACGCUCUUCAGUCCAAUUGUUCAACUCCUGCGGAAAUCAGUUCGAAAUUCAGCACGAUUUCGUACGGCAAAGGUGGUAGUAUUUUGAGAAUGGUAGAACAUUUCAUGCAACUGGACAAUUUUAAGACUGGUCUUCAAAACUACCUUGUACUUCCUACCUGGCAACUGGAUAAACAAUUUGUCAUCGAGGAAAUGCACAGCGCCCUUUCCGCCGAUUCUCUGGCAAACGCACACGCUCUUCAGUCCAAUUGUUCAACUCCUGCGGAAAUCAGUUCGAAAUUCAGCACGAUUUCGUACGGCAAAGGUGGUAGCAUUUUGAGAAUGGUAGAACAUUUCAUGCAACUGGACAAUUUUAAGACUGGUCUUCAAAACUACCUUGUUAGAUAUCAGUUUAACAACACGGAGCCAGAAGAUCUUUGGAAUACACUGAAUGAAAGUGUCGUCGAUUCAAUUUCCAGACUGCCAGCAAAUUUACCAACCGUAAUGGAAAACUGGGUGAAAAGCUCUGGUUAUCCAGUCCUCACUGUGACUCUAGAUGGGAACCAAGUCAACAUAUCUCAGAAAAGAUUUUUGCUGUCUGGGGAAGAAAGUUUGGAAGCUUGGUACGUUCCAAUAAGUUACACUACGUCAGCGGAUUCAAAUAAAUUUGAAAAUACCACGCCAAGGGCUUGGCUUACUCCUACAAGCAAUUUAACGGUAACUCUUCCAGGUGACAGCGAUUGGAUAAUAUUGAACAAUCAGCAGACAGGCUUUUAUAGAGUCAAUUACGACACCGCUUUAUUGACCAGAAUUAGAGAUGCAUUGUACAGCAGCAACUUCAGCGGAAUAACCGAAAUAAACAGGGCUCAGAUCGUGGAUGACCUCUUCAGUUUGGCUAGGGCUGGGCAGGUUUCCUAUCCAGUUGUUCUUGACACCAUCAAAUUUUUAGCUAGUGACACCUCCUAUUAUCCGUGGUACUCUGCAUUUUCCGGCUUCAGUUUUCUUUUUAAAAGGGUGAAUGCGUCUUCCUUGCUAGGUCAGAUGUUGGAGAUCGAUCUCUUGAAUCUAAUCACCACACUGUACGACUCAGUCCCAAUUUCAACACUGAGAGACGAUGAUAUAAUAUACACCCACACUCAAGUGCUGGCCCUUACCUGGGCGUGUAAAUUACGUAGUCUAUCAUGUGUCAGAGACGUUAAAGAUCUGUUUGCUCAAUAUCAAACGUCUGGCAAAAGCACCUAUUUCGUCUUUAACAAGUGUNCUCUUCCAGGUGACAGCGAUUGGAUAAUAUUGAACAAUCAGCAGACAGGCUUUUAUAGAGUCAAUUACGACACCGCUUUAUUGACCAGAAUUAGAGAUGCAUUGUACAGCAGCAACUUCAGCGGAAUAACCGAAAUAAACAGGGCUCAGAUCGUGGAUGACCUCUUCAGUUUGGCUAGGGCUGGGCAGGUUUCCUAUCCAGUUGUUCUUGACACCAUCAAAUUUUUAGCUAGUGACACCUCCUAUUAUCCGUGGUACUCUGCAUUUUCCGGCUUCAGUUUUCUUUUUAAAAGGGUGAAUGCGUCUUCCUUGCUAGGUCAGAUGUUGGAGAUCGAUCUCUUGAAUCUAAUCACCACACUGUACGACUCAGUCCCAAUUUCAACACUGAGAGACGAUGAUAUAAUAUACACCCACACUCAAGUGCUGGCCCUUACCUGGGCGUGUAAAUUACGUAGUCUAUCAUGUGUCAGAGACGUUAAAGAUCUGUUUGCUCAAUAUCAAACGUCUGGCAUAAGACCGAAUAGAAAUUUAAGAAGUGUUGUUUACUGUAAUGCCAUAAGAUACAGCAGCAACAACAGGACUGAUUGGGACUUUUUGUGGGACGCCUAUCUUAAUGCUGGAGACUUGGCAACCGAACAAAACACAAUACUUUCCUCGCUAGGAUGUACAAGGGAUCCAAUUGUACUUAGAGAGUACUUAGAUAAAACUAUAACUGAUGGAUCUGGAAUUAGAUCACAAGACGCUUUGGCUGCAUUCCAGUCAGUCUAUAUGGGAAGCCCUGAAGGAGUCGACGUGGCCUUUGAUUUUCUUGUGCAGGACUAUACGACCAUCUCAUCUAAAUACGGUGGUUUUAAUUCAUUAGGAAAUCUAAUAAAGGGGCUAGCGGAAACUUUUACAAGCGAAGAGCAAAUUUCUAGGUUAAGAAAUUUCACUCAAUCCGCCGAUCUACCGGAAGCAUUUAGAGUGGCAGCAAAUGAAGCUCUUGAAGUAGCAGAAACGAAUGCUAGGUGGAUGCAAACCAAUGAAGCCGAUCUUUUGGUCUAUUACAACAUUGCCAUAGCUGGAAGUGAGACGUUUAUUCCAUCGGUCAUAGUUUUGUGCGUGGGCGUAUUACUUUUGUCUUUAUAUAAAUAAUUUAAGAACAAUAGAGAUCUAAGUAAUAAUAAUUGGAUAUUAGAUAUUUUACAUGUGUAGACUUAAGAUACAAUUUUAAAUAAAAAGGACUACCAUUA